UUGAGACCUGCCUAUAUAUAAUUGCUCAUUCACAGCAGUAUUGUUUGUCUAGUGUUGAAGUUCAAAUUGACCAUCAAUAUCGGUAAACAAAUGCUGCAGAUAUCUGAAGUAGAAUAUAAAGCCAUAUUGAAACAUCACAAUGUAUCUGAAAGAGAGUUUCUCGAACGAGUACAAAUACUCAAAGAGUGGAUGGAGAAAAGUGAUUUGCCCAUUGAAGAUACACUCGGGGAAAAACUGAAAUUAGCACUUAUCAACUGUAAACUGAGCUUGGAAAAAUCAAAGAGAUGUAUCGAAGGUUACUACCGAAUAAGAACAUUAUAUGCUGACUUCUUCGACCGUCUAGUACCAGAUACCGAAGAUUAUAAGCAGGCUAAACGUCUAGGGAAGACGGUUUUCAUGCCAAAACUAACACCAGACCUAUGCCGAAUAGCAAUCUUCAGAGUUGACGAUCCAAAUGGAGAGGCAAACGAUGGGCUACAGUACGAAAUAGUCGCAAUUAUGGGAGCAGAGAUGAGGAUUAUGUCUGGGGAUUGUGCUUUAACGAAUAUUAUCAUUCUAGACUUCAGAGACUUUGGACUGAAGAAUAUUAUCAAAUACACGCCUAACGUGCAGCACAAAAUAGUCAAUAUAAUGAUAGCAGUCAACCUCAGGAUAAAAAAUAUCCAUCUAGUCAAUUUACCACCAAUGAUUGAUAAGCUUAUCACUUUGAUAAGAGCAGUUUUGCCUGCCAAAUUCUUCGAUAAGAUUUGUUUUCAUCAGAAUUUCGAAUCCCUAUACGAGUAUAUUCCCAAAGAAUAUCUACCCAAAGAUUAUGACGGAACUCAAUCGACUAUAGACGAAUUACAAGAAAUGUGGUGUGCAGAAAUGGAGAAACAUGUAGAUAAAUUCAAAAAACUGGUGGUUUCUGCCAAAUGCCCAAGACUUCUGGACACAAAAGUUCCAGAAAAUGUACAAUUUGGGACAGAUGGAUCUUUCAGACAGCUCACACUUGACUGAUGCCCAGAAAGCUCAUUUGAUUAUAUAAUUUUCUAUAUUGUACAUUGUAUAGAUAAUUUGGUUGUUCAUAAUAGCAUAUUGAACCGAAUCGAAUUAUACUGCUUCAUCAG